AUGUCGCUGCCGAGCGAUUACACCAACGAGAUCGGCACGCUCAACCGGGAAGUGCUCAAGAACGCGCCCAAGGACAUUCUCCAGUUCUGCGCCAACUUCUUCCAGCGUCGUCUGGAGUCGCAGCGCGCCGAAUUCCUACUGGGCCAGCGGCAUUCCACGCAGCCGGGAAUCGCUGAGAGCAGCUUCCCUGGGAACAAUCCCUUUGGUACAACGUCAAACGCACCUGGCCUGACUGCCGGCGCCAUGCAUUCCGUUGCGGAAGAGGAAGAGCACGACUUUGCUUCCCCCACCGCUGCCAACUUCGCUCCCCACAUCCGCGACCCCUCCUCCCCGUCUCCAAGAGCUCCCGCCGCCGUCCCCAGCAACAUCACCACCGACAACAACACCGACAACAACACAUUUGGCAACUUUGGCAACUUUGGCUUUGGUGCAGGUUCAGGCUUAGGUUCAGGUUCAGGCAUUGCAACUCGCUCCGGAGAUCCUUCCGCCGCGGCCACCGCCGGCGCCAUGGACCAUACCCACAUGCAGUCCUUUCCCAGCAAUUACAACAUGAACCGCCGCACCUCUGUCUCUGCAGAGUCAUUGGCUCCCGCCGGCGCCGACGACCAGACAUGGAAGGCACCGCAAUACCCCAAGACGCAGGAUCAAAUCUCCCGACUGCGCGAAGCCGUCGCACACAACUUCCUCUUCUCACACCUCGACGAUGAUCAGUCGGCGCAGGUGCUUGGCGCUCUCCAAGAGAAGAAAGUUCCCGCCAAGGACGUGCGGGUGAUUGUGCAAGGAGAUGCUGGCGAUUACUUCUACAUUGUGGAGUCGGGUAGUUUCGACAUUUACGUCUCCAAGACCGGCAAGGUGGAGCAUGGUGCAAAUGGCAUGGGCAACAAAGUGGCUUCCCCCGGACCGGGCAGCUCAUUUGGCGAACUGGCCCUCAUGUACAAUGCACCUCGUGCCGCAACGGUUGUUAGCACAGAGCCCAGCAUUCUCUGGCAGCUCGACCGCGUGACUUUCCGCCGCAUUCUAAUGGACUCCGCCUUUCAGCGCCGUCGCAUGUACGAGUCCUUCCUCGAAGAGGUGCAGCUCUUCUCCUCCCUGACACCAUACGAGCGCAGCAAGAUUGCCGACGCUCUUGAGACUCACAAAUACCCAGCUGGUAGCACUAUCAUCCGGGAGGGAGAUGUUGGCGACAAAUUCUACAUUCUCGAAUGUGGUGAGGCGGAAGCCAUCAAGCGAGGUCGCGAGGACCGGCCGUUGAAGCAAUACAAGGUUGGUGACUACUUUGGUGAGCUGGCAUUGCUGGACGACAAGCCCCGUGCGGCGAGCGUGUUGAGCAAAACUGAGGUCAAGGUCGCGACGCUUGGCAAGGACGGAUUCCAGCGUCUGCUGGGUCCUGUGGAGAGCAUCAUGCGUCGUGAUGAUCCCCGGAAUGCCGAUGGCAGCGCGAUGAACACGGCGAGGUGA